AUGCACCCAACUGGCCUGCCUGAUGACGGCGUGCUCGUCCAAAUCGCGUCCUACAAUACCAACCUUCAAGGUAACCUAGGCCUUCCUCAAGACCUUGUUGACUGGCUAUCGCCUACCUUGCAAGUUUCGACUUUUCUCUCUCGUUCGCCCCGAGCACCGGACAUCAUCGCUGUUGGCUUUCAGGAGCUUCUGCCGCUGCAUCUUGGGCUCUCUGGCCUCUCCAAGUCCGUUAUCGACGACCGCAAUGCCCACAUUCUUUCCCAGCUCGAAGCACAUGCCCCCAAUAAGGAACGAUAUGCGCUCAUCGCAAAGGUCGUCAAUGUUGGUGUAGCCCUGCUCGUCUAUGGAAGAGACGACGGUAUUGCAAAGACAGUCUGUGACGUUCAGACCAGCUGGACAGGGUGCGGUCCGUUAUACAUGGGCAACAAGGGCGCAGUUGGCGUCCGUUUCCGUGCCCCAGGAGAGAACGGAAGUGUUGGUGAGGUCUACACAUUCGUCUGUGCCCAUCUCACGGCUCAUGCUGAACAUCUGGCAGAGCGCGUCACCGACUACAACCAAAUCGUCAGCACCCUUCUCUUUCCCUCGUCGUCGUCUCCUCCAACCACGAUCUACUCGACUUCUCACUUGUUCUUCCUUGGGGACCUCAACUUUCGCCUCUCAAUACCGCCCUCUCAUCCUCUGCACGCGUUCUAUACAGAACCAGACGUCGCAGCCGUCUUGGCAGCCCAGAAUACGCGACAGGCCCUGAAAGAAUUCGACCAGCUUCUGACCGAGCGACGAAAAGGAACCAUCUUUGUUGGUCUUCGAGAAGGGCCGUUUUGGAACUUCAAGUGCAGCUACAAGUAUGAUGUUGGCCAAGUAGACAAGUAUAGCGAGAAACGGGUACCUGCAUGGACAGACAGGAUUAUGUAUACCACCUACACUGACUCGCCAGAUACCCCCGAUAAUUCUAGCAUCACAAACUUGCUCUACACUUCUGUCCCCGGAUACACAGCCUCUGAUCACAAACCCAUCGUUUCGCUACUGUUCAUCCCUUCUUGUGCAUCAGUGACGACGCCCACGCCACCAGUCCUUCAUCUCCCUGGCCACUACUUCCCGACGCCGGACCCUUUUGCAACAUACAAACGCUAUACUGGCCGCGUUUUCGACAGGAUCAUCGGUAUCAUCUGGUGGAUCUUCACCCUAUUCGGUGCAGGUUCCGCGAUUGUGGGAAUUUUCAACUUUUUCCUCGGUAUCGGGGCGUGGAGUUGGUGGCGUUCAACGCCUUCGAAUAGUUCUGUAUGA